AUGUAUCUGGCAUCACUGGAGACCCGAAAGCACCUGCCAUACGUGGCCGGUUCUGUUGUUUUCAUCGUUGUGACCCUGCUGGUGAACCCCUGGUCUGUGGGUCACUUUAUAGACCACACCGCUACGUUUGGUGAAGAAGCCGGGGACGGUUUGUUGUUGCCAAUCACACGAGAAAACGCCAGUGCUAUCUUCAACACCGUGCAAGGUGCUCUGAGAAACAAGAACGCACAGGUUGAGCCUAUCGGUGUGAGUUUCAUCCCGGCUUAUAUCCCGGAGGGAACGUUGUUGUACCAUGGGAAUGGCGAUGGCCAGAUCCCAGAAGGACUUGAAUGGGUGGCGAUGGACCAUGAGUUCAGCUAUACGUUCAUAGCGGACAGGGGUAAACAUCCAGGUAAACAUCCAGGCCCACCAGGAGGCCCAGGUAAACCGCCAUCCCAUUGGAAACCAGGUAAGCGUCCAGGACCAGGCCCGCCAGCUCCCUCUGGCGGUUCCGGCCAUACCUCAAUGUUGACCUUCCGUGUAAGAGAACCUCUCAGCCGUAUGAUCCUGUUAGACGGCUCAUCUGCUGCAAAGACCACGUCUGGUGAGAUGGAUCAACAGUUCUUGCUGGCCAAUAUGAAAGACAUUGACAACCCGCUGUUUGGGGAGUUCGAGGCUGCCGAAAGAAUCUGUGAAUGGGGGAAGUCGUUUGGAUUAGAUGGCUUUAUCCGUAUUGAAAUGGGCUAUGAGGCCGUUAUCUGUGACUUCUUUGACAAGUUGGAGCUGGUCAGCAAUAUAACGGUGGAUUGGGCCAAUAACACCUUGAAUCUACCUAUCAAGCUUUCUGAUGAAUCUCUGAACGAAGAGUACACUGAUCUCUUCAAAAGCAUCAGUGCCAUGGAAGGCUAUGAUCAGAUAAGGGCAGGUAACGUCCAUGAUAAGAGAGAUGGCCGUAUUCUGCUGGACUUCUCCAAGUUCCAGACCAUGCUCAACAGAACGUAUGUUGGUACAGACCCUUAUACGAGGCGUAUCUAUAACGUUUCGUCUGAUCUUCGUGAAGGUAUUAGAGACGACUUGGCUCGUGUGCUGAAACCAGGCACUAACCCUUACCAAAGUACAAACUGGCAGUUGAUGACCACGGAGAUUGUUGAGAAGUUUUCCCCAAUUUUGAGGCUCAUCAAUCAGACACUCUCCAGUGAUGAAGCGACGGAUCUUGAAAAGGCUAAGAACAUCACCGUUUUCACAACCAAUACCGUGAGAAGAUUCGCACAGUGGUCUGGAGCAGAUGUUUCCAUGGAGAGCGGUUUGGAGCGUGCCAAACUGUUAGCUGUGAAAGAAUAUGCGCAUCCGUUGGAGCCAGUGGCGUCUGCAUCCGAUGCUCUGAUCUAUUCGUCGUUGCACAAGGUUACGGAAAUGAUCGUCGAUGCAGUGUUUGAAUCAUUCACCGUUUCUCGAACAAUCAUUAACAGCUACUUCUUGAAGGAGGACAUUGACUUCUCGCCAUUGGAGAAAUUACAAUCCGAUAUGAUUGAUUUACUAAACACGCUUAGAUGGGACUCUACAUUUUACAGAUGCUCUGAGACGUGUGCGUGGGACGAGGUUUGUUAUACACCUUCUUGGGGGCCAUCUCCGUUGGGCUGGGGUCAGUUCGGCACAUAUGAAGAUGCGGAUGGGAAAAGGAGAAUAGAGCCUGAUCUUCGCUGUGUCAGCUAUAAAACUAUACUAGGACAUGGUGGUCGACCAUUCUGA